AUGUCAUUUUAUGAAGGCGAGUAUUCUAUGCUUAUUGACAAAGAAGUCAGCUCAAUGGAUUAUUUCUUGUCUGCUAUAAAAAGCAUAGAAAAUAGGCCUAAAAUGUACAGUAUAAAUUGCAGUCAGGCUCCAAAAUGCUUGGGGCUUUAUCAAGGCUCUUUAAUAUUUGUGGGAUUAAAUGAUGGGAAUGUGCUGAAAAUCAAUAUAAAGGAAAAUUAUGCAGAAACAAGCUUUAAAUGUCAUGACUCAGCGGUUAAGUCUAUGGCUAUUGACCAAAAUAAGAAUGAAAUAUUUACAAGUAGAGGAGACGAAAUCAUUAAAAGAUGGAAUUUGGAUGGAGACUUACUAGAUGAAUAUAAAACUCAGUCAGAAAAUAUAACAGCAUUAUGUUUGGCUCAAAAAUUUAUUGUUUCAGGAGAUAAGGAAGGGAAAAUAUGCUGGGUAGAGAAAAAAACAAAAGAAUUAAAAAAUUCUCAAUAUGCGCAUAUAGGGAAAAUUAAAACUUUAGCGUCCAAAGCAAAAUAUACAGCUUCAGCCGGCAAUGAUGCUGUCAUAAAAAUUUUUUCAUCAGAAUCUCUUGAUCAGCUUUUUGUGUUGAGUGGCCACACUCGGGAAAUCUACAAGCUUGAGUUUUCCAAUAAUGAAGAUUUUCUCAUUUCAGCAGGUGGCGACAACACUAUUAGUGUCUGAGAUUUAAAUACAAAAAUGAUAUCUACUGUUUUUUCAGGCCACGAAAAUUGGGUCAGAACUUUUUGUCUCUGCCCUUCAGAAGAGUACAUAAUUUCUGGGACUUUUGACCAUAACGUCAGAUUUUGGAACUUAAAAUCGAAGGAAAGUGAGCCUGAAGGAAGCUUCCCAGCCCAUGAGAAAGCAAUCAUAGGUAUUUGCUCAUAUAACGAAGGCAAUACAAUUAUUACUGCCAGUAAGGAUAAGACCAUUAAAAUUUGGUAUUUGUUGGAUUCUGAAGAAAAUAUAAAGGAACUACAGGGGCAUAGUGAUAUGGUGACUGAUUUGGUACUUGAUGAGAAAAUUAUGUAUUCUUCCAGCAUGGACGGAAGUAUUUGUGUGUGGAAUUUACAAAGAAUUGAGAGUGAUCCUAUUGCAAAAAUGAUAGGGCACGAGAAAGGAAUAAGAGAUAUAGAACUCUCGCCUCUCAAAGGAUUCUUAUACUCAGCAAGUGAAGAUGGGACUAUAAAAGUCUGAGAUACUACAAGCAGAGAAUGCAAUGCCACUUUAACAGCUCAUGAGCAUAUAUUCUUAUGUGUAACUUGUAAUGAUAAACUUAUCCUUGCAGGUGGAGCUUCAGGCAAUAUUUCAGUCUGAGAUGCAGCCACAAGAGUUCUCAUAAAAACUUUAAAAGGUCAUUGGAAUGGAGUUUCUCAUAUAAAGCUAACUAGAGAAACAAAUAAACUUUAUUCUUCGAGCUAUGACAGGACUAUCAGAAUAUGAGAUUUAAUAGAAUUUAGACAGCUAAAAAAAAUCAAUGCGCACGACGGAGCAGUCACCAAAAUUGAGCUGUCAAAAAUAGAAAACUUUUUAGCCUCUUCAAGCAUCGAUAAAUUAAUAAAUCUAUGGGAAACUGACAGUCUUAUUGAAACUAGUCUGAGAGGGCACAGCUGAGAUAUAAAUUCGCUAUGUAUUUCUAAUGAUGAAAAAUAUUUAUAUUCUGGAAGCAAAGACGGGGCACUUAUCGUGUGGUUUAUUGCAGAAAGAGUCGAACUGGUAAGGCUUCAAAUGAAUGGAAGUAUCAACGCGAUUAUUGAUAUUCCAUAUGAAAGAGCCAUUGCUCAUACAUUAGACAAUAAAAUAAUUCUAAGAAAAAACCUAGACAGUACUACAGAGUUACGCUCAUACCCCAAAAAACAUUCAUUUUUAUUUUAUUCUUAUGUCAAAAAUUUGCUGAAAGGGAAGCAUGUCCCAUAUACAAAUCAAUGAAAUAAUUAUAUUAUUUUCCCUAUGAGAGUGAAUUUGCUGCAUAUUUAUGCUUAUUUAAAUGAUCACAAAAAAAUAAAAAAAGCGAUGACUAAUCUUUGUAGGUUUCUUAUCACUUCUAAAGGUGAAAACCCAUUAUCUAUAGCACUAGAUAGAAAAGCUUCAAGGUCUGCUGACGAAAUUAUUAAAAAAAUCGCCAAUAUUUCUUCAAUUUUGAGGCCAUAUGUGUUUCAUGCAAUUGAAAGCCAAAUUACAAAACUCCCAAAAUAUAAACUUUCAAAUAUUCAUUUGCUUUAUGAAGCAGUAUUCCCACGCUGGAAAAAGAAAAAUUUACCUAAAUUUGGUGUCAUUUCUAAUGAUUCUAUAGUAAAAAGCGAAAAUAUGGACAUAAAAAUUGAACAGCUGUGUGAGCCGCAUGCUAAAGAUGGCGAAAGUAUUAUUUUUAAACAAAGCCUAUGCAGGAUAUCAUUAUCUUUAGGCUCAAAAGAAAGCAGAAAAUUUUUGAAAAGGCUUUUAUAUUGUGAUGAUACUGAAGUAUUCCAAAUCCAAUUUAUCCAAGUAAUUUUGCAAUAUAAAUUCCAGCAAGUCAGAAAGUUGCUUUUUAUUCAGCUUGGACUCAGCUUACUGAAUUUAAUUUUGCUUAUUUUUUAUGCUAUAUCCUAUAGAUACAGCUUAUGGUAUAUCAUCCCUUUAAUGCUGAUUAAUACAAUUUACUUUCUAUUCGGAGUUCUCCAGUGAAUCCACAACACGAAGUCAUAUUUCAGAGACUUUUGGAACUGGCUAGAAUCUAUUAGGAUUUUCAUGGUUUACGUUUGCACUUGUUUAUCCCUUAUCAGCGCAGAACACAUGCAAAUCCCACUGACGAUUUGCAUUUUUAUCUCAAUGUUUCGAGUUUUUGUAUUUUUUAGAGUUUUUGACAAGACAAGGUAUAUGAUAAGAAUGAUAGUAGAGGUCAUCAAAGAUAUCGUUCCAUUUUUGCUGAUUUUACUUAUGGCUACCUUUACAAUUUCUUUAGGGUUUUAUUUGGCUAGCGAUUUCCAAACGAAGCUCCCCACCCAGAUCCUUAAUUCUUACCUGCUGAAUUUUGGACAGUUAAAUGCUGAUGAUGAAAAUGUGAUGGUUUGGUGCGUCAUUUCUUUUGCAUUUUUCUUAAAUCCACUUGUGCUUAUGAAUCUUCUUAUUGCGAUUAUGGGGGAUACUUUUGAUAGAGUUCAGUAUUCUAUGACUAUUGCGAAUUAUAAAGAAAUCAUUAGUUUGGUGCUAGAAAUGGAAGCAGGGUUGCUAUGGAGAAGAGGGAAUAAUCAAAAAUUUUAUAUUCAGCAAUGCUUAGAAAGAGAUGGGAGGACAACUAGUGAUACACUUUUAUGGGAAGGGAAAAUUAAAAAUAUUCAGAGAGAAAUUAAAAGUAUUAAUGAAAAUGUCAGAGAAAACCAAAAAACUCUGGGAGAAAUUUUGAGAGCUACAAGCAGCAUGGAUAAGAAAAUAAGCCUGAUGCAAGUACAAAAAAACAAUUUUGUUGAAAAACCUAGAGAAUGUUCUCAAUUUGAAUUCAAAGAUAUGACGAAGACGUUACUAAAAGGAAUUUUGAAGCCAAAAAUUAAUACUUACCCUCCCAUCCUCUGUGAGCGAAAAAAAAAUUGGAAAAAUCCCUAUUUUUUGCCCAAAAAUCCACCCUCCAUGAGCGAAUGAAAAUUGUUUUAAAGAAAAAAAAAUUGAUAUAUAAGUGAUAAUUAUUAUAACGAAAUUUUAGCUAAUUCUGUUUAAUAUAAACAGCUUUCAUUUUUAAAACAUAAAUUUUUUAUAAUUAAAUAAAUAUUUGCUUUCCAAUUUUUGCGAAUUGAGAUUUUUUUAAAUUUUAAAAAAAAAAUUCUUUAAAAAUUUAUAUAUAAAAAUUUUUAAAAACCAAAAUUAGUAAUCCUAUGAGCGAACAAAAUUUUUUUGUUCGCCUAGGAGGGGGAGUUAA